UCCUAGCCGUUAAUGUGUUGGUUUAUUUUGUGCGACAAAUUUAUGAUUUUUAUGAAACUUUGUAAUAUUUAAAGAUUUUAUUAAUAACUUGUGAUGAAACACUAGAUUCCGGUCCUUAUUCUUGCAAGGUUAAUUUGGAAUAAUGGGAAGUAAUUUUAGCAAAUCCAACGAAACAGCUGAACAAGCACAAAAAAUCACCGAAAAGGACAUUGGCGGCAACCCCGAUCCUCGGUCGCCGACUCCGGAAAUAACUAGGACGCCACUUCAGGGUAAGAAUGGUAGUAAACACAAUAUCACUAAAAAUGUUGACCUCCGCAAAACAUUUGAAAACGGAAAAUCUGAAGAAAAGCUUAUACACAACAAUCCAAUCUUGUCUGCUGUUAUAAAAAAUCAUUUUCAAUAUUACGAUCCACGUUCCCCAACACAAGAUUUUGAGAGAACUCCUAUAGUUUUGUCUAUAAAUGAUGAUCUUUGCAAACGGCAAGAAAUUGAAGAUCAUUGUGGAAGCCCAUGUUUAAAUAAUGAUACAAUCGAAAAAUCCGAAUAUAACAAGACAUUGAUUGAUGAUGAGAUUAGCCCAGAAUUAAUCAUUCCCAAGAAUUUAUGUAACGGUUUUUAUGACAUGACAAUAAAUGAGAGUCUAAAAGUAGAGGAGCCUCUGGGUUCCUCAACGGCAUCCAAUGAAGCUAUAGAAGAGAACAUAGAAUCUCCUAGUCACAAACCUAGUGCAUUAUUAGAAACCAAUUUUGAUUAUGUGGACGCUAGUGAUAACCCACAACUAUUUGUAGAAGAAUUGCCAGAAUUACCUAAAGUUCCCCCACCAGAUGUUAAGAACAUACCACUAUUUAGAAUCUUGAAUGAGGACCCGAGAUCACCAUCUGUAGACAUAGAGAGAACCCCAAUAAUUGUACCAAAAACAGAGGCAAAUGAAAGUGAAGAAAAUGUGGAGCAAAUGUCUGAUGAUUCCCUCAUCAAAGCAUUACAAAAUACUAACACAGAACUGAGACAAAAUGUAGCAGAAAAGAAAGAUGGAAUCCUUAUAUAUGAGGAUGAGGCUGUGCCCUGUGACACUCCUAAGAAAUCCAAUUUAAUCAACAAUGGCUCACGAACCCCAUUGUCCUGCAUGAAGAACAAGACUGAAGCUGCACAGGCUAAAACAAAAUCUUCAAAAGAUUCUAAUACAUUGCCUAAAAAAGUAUCUCACAUUCCGAGAUUAAAGUCUUUGAACAAUCCAACCAAAAUGUAUCAGAAUGGUAGUACACUUUCGCUCAGAGCGAUUAGCAAGCCUGCAGUUGCAGGUGAUUGUGAAAAUACCCCACCCAACUCACACCGCGGUAGAUGGGACAAAGAAAGCAGUGUAGUACUAUAGUAAUUAUGUUGGCACACACCUAAAAUCACUAAACAUUCAACAACAACUCAAUAGAAUAACAUCUUCAAUAUUUUAUUCAACAUACAGCAGAAAAAUGGCUUCAUUCAAAGAGAUUUAAUGUCCACCUAGGAGUUCCUUAGGGUGAAGCCAAACAAGCGUAAUUUGUGAGUUGUGAGUCGCAGAAU